AUGGCUCUGGCACAUCAUCUGCUCCCCCGCCUGCCUCGCACGAUCCAACCGAUCCGCACGGCCUCACUCUAUCACUGUCGCCACGCGUCGUCGCAAUCCGGGCCAUUCCUCCGCAUCCAGAAGACGCAGUCGCCGAGUCCCCCGCCUGAGGCCGGACAGUUGCAGUUCGGGCGGGCGUUUACGGAUCACAUUUUGACCUUCGAAUGGACAACAGAGCAUGGCUGGACGAACCCCCAAAUCACCCCGUAUGGCAAACUGCCCCUCGACCCGGCGGCCUGCGUGCUGCACUACGCCUUCACCUGCUUCGAAGGCAUGAAAGCGUACAAGGACCCGCAGGGCCAGGCACGGCUGUUCCGGCCAGAUAAGAACCUGCAGCGGCUUAACCGAUCAGCGGCGCGAAUCGCGCUGCCCACGUUCAACGAGAGCCGCGUGUUGGAUAUGCUGACGCGGUACGUGGAGUUGGAGAAGCGGUUUAUCCCCGCCUUGCCGGGUUACUCGCUCUACCUGCGGCCCACGCUGCUGGGCACGGAGGCCAGCAUCAGUGUGUCACGGCCACGAUCGGCGCUGCUGCGACGCGAACGCCGGUCCGGGCGUGGCCCGGCGGGGAAGAGGCGGCGGCGGGGGGGGUUGCAGCAGAAUCUGUGGCUUCUGGCGGAUGAAAGCCGGGGCGAGGAGUAUGUGACUGAGGCAGGGACGAUGAAUCUGUUUGUCGUCUGGGUGGAUCCCCUCACCGGGCAGACGGAGCUGGUGACGCCCCCCUUGGAUGGAACGAUCCUCCCAGGGGUGACCAGGACGUCUAUUUUGGAGCUGGCGAGGGAGAGACUGGGGCCGGAGGGGGUGGAGGUUAGAGAGACGUGCAUCACCAUGAAGGACCUGGCCAAUGCCUCAAGGGAAGGACGGCUGUUGGAGGUGUUUGGCGCGGGCACGGCGGUCAUCGUCUCGUCCGUCAGAUCGAUUCAAUGGAACGACCAGACGAUUGAUUGCGGCCUGAGCAAGGACGAAGAGGCCGGCCCGGUGACUCUGAAAGUGAAGAAGUGGAUUGAGGAGAUCCAGUAUGGUCUUGUGGAGCAUCCUUGGAGUUAUCGGGUAUGA